CAAGGAACUGUGCGGCGUACCUGUUUGUCUCACGUACAAUGAGAGACAGGAGGUUGUUGUCGAAAAAUUUGGAGAACAUCUCCAAGGGGUCACGGCUGGUCUGGACUUGUGGCCCUGGAGGCACAGUGCAGGGCUCCACUGUGAUAGGACUGGGGGUCAUGCUCCAGCCUACACAUCCAGAGGAUGCAGCACUGGAGCCUGAGUUUCCCCCCUUCCACCAC